AUGUCCUUUCUCAUCGCCAACAACGCCGACUGGCGGCUCGUGAACGCCUCGGGUGCGACGCCACUGCACCACUUUGCCUCAUUUGGCCGCCACCACGGCGCGGCGCAGCUCUUGGCCAGCGGCGCAGACCCCAACGCGCGGUCUUCACAUGACGGUAACACGCCACUGCACAAUGCGGCGCUCGGACAGCACGUGCACACGGCGCAGCUUCUUCUCGGCUUCGGUGCGGACCCCGGUGUGCGCAACGCCCGAGGGCUCACCCCGUUCGACCUUGGUCUCUUUGGCUUGGCCCAGCCGCCAACCCACAUGACUACGUAG